AUAAAACUUAUCAAAUGUUCCACCAUCCUUAAAGUCAAGUCUUCGUCGCAAAAUAGCCAACUACCCAUUUCGUUGGUGUAGAAUCCUUUCCGGCACUAAAUUACAGUCCUAAAUAUCAUUUUCACAUUACACACUUCCAUCCAGCAUCCAUUCCAAUUCAACUCCUAUCAUGGCAGCAGAACUUGUUGGUGGUGCUCUUCUUUCUGCUUUUCUUCAGGUUGCAUUCGACAGGCUGGCUUCUCCUCAAUUCGUUGACUUCUUUCGUCGAAGAAAACUUGAUGAGAAGCUGCUCGGCAACUUGAACAUCAUGCUCCACUCCAUCAACGCUCUNGCUCAUGAUGCAGAACAGAAGCAGUUCACAGAUCCACACGUUAAAGCAUGGCUUUUUUCUGUCAAAGAGGCUGUCUUUGAUGCAGAGGAUCUCUUGGCUGAAAUAGAUUAUGAACUCACNAGAUNCCAAGUGGAAGCUNAAUCCGAANCUNAAACCUUUACUNACAAGGUAUCAAAUUUCUUCAACUCUACUUUCAGUUCGUUAAACAAGAAAAUUGAAUUAGAGAUGAAAGAACUCCUAGAAAAAUUAGAAUAUCUUGCAAAGCAAAAAGGUUCUCUUGGUUUGAAAGAGAGUACUUACUCUGGUGAUAGAUCAGGAAGUAAACUGUCACAGAAAUUGCCAUCAUCUUCUUUGGUGGUUGAAAGUGUUAUUUAUGGCAGAGAUGUUGACAAAGAAAUGAUCAUUAAUUGGCUCACAUCUGAAACCGACAAUCAUAAUCACCUAUCCAUACUUUCCAUAGUGGGCAUGGGUGGAUUGGGUAAGACCACACUUGCCCAACAUGUAUAUAAUGACCCAAAGAUUGAGGAGGCUAAAUUUUAUAUCAGAGCUUGGGUUUGUGUUUCCGAUCAUUUUGAUGUUUUGACAGUGACAAAAUCAAUUCUUGAGGCAAUUACUAAAUCUAAAGAUGAUAGCGGAGACCUAGAAAUGGUUCAUGGAAGAUUGAAAGAAAAAAUAUCAGGAAGGAAAUUUCUUCUUGUUUUGGAUGAUGUUUGGAACGAAAGGCUGGAAAAAUGGGAAGCUGUGCGAACUCCUCUUAGCUAUGGGGCUCCAGGAAGUAGAAUUCUUGUCACAACACGUGUUGAGAAAGUUGCUUCUAAUAUGAGAUCUAAAGUGCAUCACCUAAAGCAAUUAGAAGAGGAUGAAUGCUGGAAAGUUUUUAACAAACAAGCUUUGAAAGAUGAUGAUCUUGAAUUGAAUGAUGUGAAAAAAGAGAUUGGUAGAAGGAUAGUUGAAAAGUGCAAAGGAUUACCUCUUGCUUUAAAAACAAUUGGAAGUCUUCUCCGCACAAAGUCAUCCAUUUUAGAUUGGCAAAGCGUAUUGGAAAACAACAUAUGGGACUUACCGAAAGAAGUUGAAAUUAUUCCUGCUCUAUUAUUGAGUUAUCAGCACCUUCCUUCUCAUCUCAAGAGGUGCUUUGCUUAUUGUGCGUUAUUUCCAAAAGAUUAUGAAUUUGACAAGAAGAAAUUAAUUUUGCUGUGGAUGGGGGAAGGUUUUCUCCAUCAUUCUCAACAAAACAAGAAUGUACAAGAAAUAGGUGAACAGUAUUUUGAUGAUCUAUUAACUAGGUCUUUCUUUCUUCAAUCAAGCUCCCGAAUGCGAUUCCUCAUGCAUGACCUUCUGAAUGAUUUGGCAAAAUAUGUUUGUGCAGACUUCUGUUUCAGGUUGAAAUUUGAUAAAGGAAGCUGUAUACCCAAAACAACCCGUCAUUUUUCAUUUUCAUUCAAAUACGCAAGAUAUUUUGAUGGUUUUGGGAGUUUAACUAAUGCUAAAAGACUGCGUUCAUUUGUUCAUAUUACAAAUAUUAGAGGUGGCGGUCCUCCUUGUCUAUUCGAGAGAAUACAUGAAUUGUUCUCCAAGUUAAAAUAUUUACGCGUCUUAUCUUUGAAUGGAUAUAUUGAACUCGAUGAGGUUCCUGAUUCUGUUGGUGAUCUUAAACAUCUCCAUUCAUUGGACCUUUCUCUUACUAGUAUACAAAAACUACCCGAUUCAGUAGGUUUGCUUUAUAACUUGUUGAUAUUGAGGUUGAAUGGUUGUUUUCAUUUUAAGGAAUUGCCUUCAAGUUUGCAUAAACUCACCAAAUUGCGUUGUCUGGAAUUUGAACGUACACAAGUGACAAAGAUGCCAAUGCAUUUUGGAGAGUUGAAGAAUCUUCAAGUACUGAAUAAGUUUUAUGUUAAUAGAAAUAAUGAGAUCAAGCAACUAGGAGGACUAAAUCUUCAUGGAAGGCUAUCAAUUAGUGACCUGCAAAAUAUUGUGAAUCCUUUGGAUGCAUUAGAAGCAAAUUUGAAAAAUAAACACCUUGUGGAGCUAAAGCUAAUAUGGAAUCAUAAUCACAUCCCCGAUGAUCCAAGAAAAGAGAAGAAAGCGCUUGAGAAUCUACAACCUUCUAAACAAUUGAAGAGUUUAAAAAUCAACAACUAUGGUGGUACACAAUUCCCAAGUUGGGUAUUCGAUAAUUUGUUAUCAAAUUUGGUAUCCUUAGAGUUAAAGGAUUGUAAAUAUUGCUUAUGUUUGCCUUCCCUUGGACUAUUGUCAUCUCUGAAGACCCUCAAGAUUACAGGACUUGAUGGAAUAGUGAGCAUUGGUGCUGAAUUUUAUGGGAGCAACUCUUCUUCAUUCAAGUGCUUGGAAAGAUUGAUAUUCUUCGACAUGAAGGAAUGGGAAGAAUGGGAAUGUAAAACUACUUCUUUUCCACGUGUUGAACAACUUGUUAUCCAUGAUUGUCCCAAGUUGAAAGGUCUGUCAGAACAACUUCUUCAUUUAAAGGCCCUAUCUAUUGAGACAUGUGAUAACCUCAUCAUUAGGGAACACAAUGUAGACACAUCAGCGCUUGAAUCGUUGAAUACUCACUCAUGCCCACUUGUGAAUAUUCCCAUGACUCAUUAUGAUUUCAUUCAAGAUAUGAUAAUUGUUGGUGGUUGUCACUCUCUUACAAUCUUUCAGCUAAAUUUCUUUCCAAUGCUCCGUUUUCUUAGUCUGGAAGGAUGCCAAAACCUACAAAGAAUUUCACAAGAGCACGCUCAUAAUCAUCUCAAGAAAAUGUCAAUAUGUAAAUGUCCUCAGUUUGAAUCAUUUGCACCAUUUGUACAAAUAAUUGACAUUCGGCAAGAGGAGAAUUUAGAGUUGUUGCCAAAGCGCAUGCAAAUCUUGCUUCCAUCCCUUAUUGAACUGCAUAUAAUUGGUUGUCCAAAAGUGGAGAAGUUCCCAGAUGGAGGUUUGCCAUCAAACUUAAAACUCGUGUCUCUCUCAAGUUUAAAACUUAUCGCGUCCCUACGAGAUACCUUGGAUGUCAACACAUGUCUUCAAAGCUUAUAUAUUAAAUCUCUUGAUGUGGAGUCUUUUUCUGAUGAAGUUUUGCUGCCACCUUCUCUUACUUCUUUAACAAUCAAUUGUUGUCAAAAUCUCAAAAAGCUAGACUACAAGCUUCUCUAUAACGUCUCCUCUCUCACACUUGGUGAUUGCCCUAACCUCCAAUGCUUACCUGAAGAGGGUCUGCCCAAAUCCAUCUCCUCUCUUGAUAUUUGGAGAUGUCCAUUGCUCAAACAUAGUUGUCAGAAGACAGAAGGCAAAGAUUGGGAAAAGAUUUCUCACAUUCAAAAUUUGAGUGUUCAGUAAUAAGAAGAAGCAGAAGUUCAAAAUUAGAUGUGCACAUGCUAACAGAAUGAAGAAGAUGAAUUGAAUGCAUUCUAAUGAAAAUGAAAUUGGGCAGAAACAGGUUGAAUGUCUGUGGAUUCAGCAGGUUCUGACAUGCUGCAAUGGCAAUUGACAUUGUGAAGCUUUAGCAUCGCCAUUUAAUUGGAAAAAUCUGAAGAUGCAGCUCUACAAAGUUUGUAUGCUGAAGUUUUUAUGACGAAUCCACUCAUUCUUUUGUGGGGUAAUAGAAGACAGCCUCUUCAGCUGGACCUGGAUUCUCAGCAUGACACUGAACAAUGGACUUUUCCAUCGUGCGCCUUUGCCUCUCAUUGCUUUUCAUGCCUUCCUCCACAUGUCCAUUUUUUAUUAUUCAGUUGAUCAUGAUUUUCUCUGUACAAUUUCAGUUGAGAAACAUGGAAUAUUAUAUGAAUUCUAUCUGAAUCUGGAAGCUUUAAUUUAUGAGCAACCUUUCCUACUAUCUGCAUAUUCAAAGGACCAAAAUAUCUCAAUUCAAGUUUCUGAUUCUUCCUUAGAGCCAAAAGUCUCUGCUACAACUUUGCUAGUAUAGUCAGUCUUCAAUGGCAUGAAAUGAGUUACCUUAGAUAAUCGAUCAACCACA